AUGGGUAGUAAUAUUAGUAAAACUGAUGCAGCAACCAACGAAAAGAGUGAAGUUUUAAACAAGGACGUGAGCGGCCAUCCUGAUCCUCGCUCGCCAACUCCAGAAAUAACUCGAACUCCACUACAGAACAAGCCAGGAUCAAAACAUAAUAUAACGAAGAACGUGGAUUUAAGAAAAGCUUUAGAAAACAAUAAAGGUGAAGACAAACUUGUUCACAUUAAUCCAAUAUUAUCCGCUGUUAUCAAGAACCAUCUGCAAUCGUUUGAUCCUCGAUCCCCUACCCAAGAAUUUGAACGAACACCUAUUAUAAUUUCCUCAAGAGAAGAAAAGUGUAAAGGGGUACAAAACAUAUUGCUAGAUAGCUGUAGCAGCCCAAAUCUUCCAAAUGACACAUUCCAGAACAUUAAGGAUAAAGAUUCUUACACAUCCCCUGAAAUAAUACCAAAAAAUCUUUGCUAUGACUUUAAUGACAUGAGCCUCAGUGAAAGCUUGAAAGAAGAAGAGCCGCUGGGUUCAUCUACUGCUUCAAAGGAAGCUAUUGAGAAAAAUAUAUCCAGCAACUCUUUAACACCGACUGUGCUGCUAGAGACAAAUUUUGACUUUAUUGAAAAUGAUAAAGUGAAAGAACUACAAUUAAGUGCGUUAAACCCAGUAUUAAAACAUGCACCUGUUUUUAAAAUACUUGAUUGUGAUCCCCGCUCACCUUCAGUUGGUAUUGAUAGGACACCUAUUGUUGUACAAAAGAAAGAUGAGCUUUCCAGUGAAGACAAAGCAGAACAAGUCCCUGAGUACAUCCCUAUUAAACAUUUACAAAAUGAUAAUUCAGGCAUGAAGACGACAAUCGGUGACAAUAAAAGUUCUGAUGGAAUUCUUAUUUAUGAAGAUGAUUCCAAUUCCUUAAAUGUUACACCGAAAAAGUCAAAAUCUGCAAGUAAUAGUGGUUCUAGGACACCAUUGUCCUGCGUGAAAAACAAAACUGAAAAUCAUGGACGAUCCAAGUCAACAAAUACAUUGUUUGAUUCAAAAAAACAUAAAACAGUAACACAAAAGUCAAAACGUGUGUCACAUAUUCCUAGGCUGAUCCAGACCAAACAGACAAAAUGUAUUCCUAUUAGCAGCAGUGUCUCUUUGAAGAAUGCUGCAAUCAAUGGUGACUAUGAAAAUACACCACCAAAUUCCCAUCGUGAUAAUUGGGAUAAGGAGGGUAGCAUUGUCCUGUAA